CUGGUCUCCUGCCGAGGCGAGGAUUGGCUCAGCGGUGCUGCAGCCCGCCCUCCUCCUUCCCACGUCCCCUCCCCGACAGCUUCGCUCCCUCUCUCCGGUGGCAUUGGGGCGUCAGCCUGGGAGAGCCAAGCCUUGGGGGGACAGCUGUGGGAAAACGGAGGGGGGCAUGCCUCCCCUUUGUGCCCCCAUCCGCUCCGGGAUGCGGCAGCAGUAACCCUCGGAGCAAGUGAGGGGCCAGCGGGAAGUGUCUCCCAACUUUUCAUCCAGAGGACAGAGAGGAAAAAUAAGAACCCUGGUUUGGAAGAGGUGGCCACCGGCACUGAGGCGCUUGCCCACCCCAAGCUCCGGCCCCCCGCUGCCCCGUCUGUGACCUGCUCCCCUUACCCGACAGCAGCAGCGCAGUGGAUUAACCCCUAAGCCUGCAGCCAGACACAGCCUCCAGCAGCCCCCGCAGCACCUGGGGUGACCCCAGACACCCUCUGGGGACCCCUCUGCCUGCCACCCGCUGCAGGUGGCUUCAUGAGCACGACAUAGAGCAGGAAAGCAGGGGACAGGCGCCCUUGCCACCUGCGGAAAGCCAAGGUGACGUGAGCCAUCCCACCAGGAGCACCGGAGCAGGAGCAAUGGGGAGGCCAGGGAUGUGACAGGCCACUCCAGUGCUGGAAGCCCAGCGAGGGCCAGUUUUGGAGGUGUUUUUCAAAGACAAGGGCAAGGCGAGGGGUUCAUCAUGAGCUUGGGGAAGCUGCCGGUGCUCAGCUGGGUGUCAGGCUCCCACGGGAAGCGGCGGCUGAAGUCGGAGCUGACGCCGGACAUGAUCAGCCCACCGCUGGGGGACUUUCGGCACACCAUGCACGUGGGGCGCGGCGGGGACGUCUUCGGAGACACCUCCUUCCUCAGCAACCACGGUGGAGCCGACACCACCAAAGCCAACAACUUCUUUGCGCGGACGCUGAGGCACGUCCGCCGGACGCCGCUGAGGAGCCGCGGCAGUGGGAGCCAGGCAUCGCCGGCACCCCCAGCCAUCUCGCCCAUCAUCAAGAAUGCCAUCUCACUGCCACAGCUCAACGAGGGCAUGUACGAUGGCGGCGGCAGCAGCCGGGGCUUGACCAGCAAGUUCUCCUUCAAGAGCACCUCCAACAGCUUCUCCAAAACACACCAGACCUACGGGCUGGAGUCCGGGUUUUGCACCAUCCCUCGCGUCCCUCGCUUGGAAAAGGCCCAAGAGAGCUCCUUCCCUGGGGAAACAGAGCUGACACGCUCAGACUCCCUGCUCUCCUUCCGUCUGGACCUGGGGCCCUCGCUUAUGAGCGAGCUCCUUCAGGUCAUGAGCUUCUCCGAAACCAAUGGGAGCCAAAUGGGGGAGAAUGGCACAGGUCUCCUGUGCGGUGAGGGGACCAGGGAUGGUGUCCCUCCAGCACUAGGAGAGGACAAGGCAAGGUCCAGCUUCUGGGACCGCUCUGGGCAGAGCAGCCUGUCACGGGCCAGCUCACUGCCAGGACUGUCGGUCCGUGCCAAUGGAGAUGCACAUGCCAUCGAGAGCAUCGGAGAGGACCCUGCCUGGGCCUCGGGGCUGGGGACAUCACCCAGAGGGACUCCAUGGCAGGGCCAUUGGAACGACUGCACCAUCGAGGCGGGAGAGUUUGACCGGGCAACACAGGUCCUGGCACGUCACUAUGGUGGGACCAGCACCCCGCGGAGCUCGCAGAAGGGUGAGGGUGCCCGGCAGGCCCAGACACAGACCCUAUGGGAGAGCCCCAGCAGCAGCUUGUGGCGGUCACAAGUGACAGGGGAGAGCCGAUCCCCUGAGACCACCUGGAACCAAGGAGAUGAGGAGGAGGAGGAGGAAGAGGCCACAUUCGCCAGCCUGCAGGAGGGGUACGCUGGUGCCCGGGGGAGGCGCAGCAACUCCUUCGAGUACGCCGAUGAGGAGGAGGACGAUGAAGUCAAGGUGUGAACUGCCAUCACGGCCCCCGUCAGAAGCACUGGUGCUGGGGUCUUUGCCCUCCUCCCUGUCCCCCGCCUGCAGGCACCAGCAUCACCAGCAGACCCAGCAAGCAACCUCCCUGCCAAGCUGGGAACACUGGGGAGGCUGGAGGGGGGCAGGAGGAAAGCCCAUCUCUGGAGAGGCUCCCUGAAGCUGGGCCUGGCUGCUGUAGGGGGCUGAUGGGGGCUGUGCAUCGCAGCACCAGGCACUGUGGCCCUUAGACUGCCAUUAGACACCAAAGGGACAUUCCAGUGUGCCAAAGAAACCCCAAGCCCCUUCUUAUCCCAUCCAGUUCCUCCUAGCACCCUCUCUCACAUCCCUCAGCCUGCCCCUGCCAGCAUGUAUGGGGAUGUGCUCCAUUCUCCCACCAAAGCCUCCAACUGCCCUCUCCCUCUGCGCUGGCACCAGUGCCUUUGCAGAGAUAGUCUCACCAAUAGCGCUGGCACAUAGGGGAUGGGGGUCUCCCCAGCGCCAGCUGGUGCAAGACCUUCUAUAUAGCACAUAUGUCUACCAGGGGAGGUCAGCUGGGGGCUCAAGGCUAACCCUUGAGCUGAGCUUUCUCUUUUUCCCUCCCCUCCCACCAAUAAAGCUGUGAGUUCAGUGUUCAGGAGGUGAGAGCACUCGCAGAGAUAACCAAAAGGGUCUUUUCGCUUGCCUCCUGCUGCUAAGCAUCACUUCGGACAGCUCCUUUUCUGACCUCCACCUCCCUGCAGCAGGGAAGGGAGAAACUUCUUGUCUGGCUGGAGGCAGAGGCCAGGUUGUCAGGUCACCACAUUCUGCAGUUCAGGCCCUAAAAACCCAUUCCAUUCCCCUCCACUUCAGAACAAGGAGACUCCCACUCUGCAGCCGCUCGGUCUGUGCCAUCCUCACCUCCUCUUCCCCCUUCCCUACACAUACAUCCCUAUUUCCAGGGUGCCCCUUCCCAGGGGUAUGCAUGGAGGAUGGCUAAUGGUUAAUGCCACUUGCCAAGCAACGUGGCCACCCUGGAAUGAGCUGUCCCCCACGCUGCCCCAGUGCAAACUGGCCCUUACAGAAGCUCCUUUGUGCCGUGGCAUGGAGCCGAGAUUCUCGGGGGCUGAGGUCACUGGAGGGACCCUCACAGGACACCCCUUGUUCUCGGGGACAGGAGGGGGGAGAUGCUGGGCCAUGGUGCAAGGCUCACCCACCGCUCCUGGCAGGGAGCUCUGCAGGGCAAAACACAGGGCUCUGGUGUGCACGUGUGUUCUACAUGGAAGUGCCAUUUGCAGUCUGGCCACCAAGGCUACGGGCAAGCCAGGGCAGGCAGCAGCUUCAAGGAGUCCCCAGCUCUGGCCAUGGCACCCAGCAGCAUCAGCUGUAUCACUGCUGAUGAUACUGUUGAUGAGAGCCCUGCACCCUGUGGCUCUCAGGAUGAGUUCCCCCCACCCUCUGCUUCCCAGAUCGUAACACAAGCCCCAGACCAAAGACCCAUAUCUGUGGAAUAUCCUUUCUGCCUCUGCUCUGUAUCCCAUGCACUUAUUAUUGUCCUUAUUAAAAUACUUUUGAUACUAA